ACUCACCACAGUACGGACCACUCCGCUCUCAUCGCGUCUCACGAAUCUCCUCUGAGAGCGCUCGGUUCUCGCUGAUAUUCCGCCUCGUCCGAAGGAAAGAGAGAGAGAGAGGAAGAGGGAGGAUAGAGGGAGGGGAGGGAGAUAUCACACGCCUCGAGAGAGGACCUGGACAACGGAGCACGGGCACCAAACGAUCGCCGGACGGUGGUGAGCAACGUGGUUAGCUCCUUCCGUCGCUCCUCCCGUGAGAGAAAUCAACAGUCAGGACUCGACUAUCCUGUCGAACGCGAUAUAUACGCGCAUCUCGAUAUACAUCCAGGGCUCCGAGAUCGACAGUGUGAUCCCACGGGAAUCUGUCAUCCAAGUUGGACCAUCGCUAGGAGAAAUUAUUAAUAAGGUCGUCCUUUGGCAUCCGAUUGGAACAGGAAGAUACAUAACGAACUCUAGUCAGGAAGAAUAAAGUGGGAAAGAGAAAGAAAGAGAGAGAGAGAGAGAGAGAGGGAAAGAAUUGUUUCUCUUCGAGGAAAUCGGGAGACUGUCUGUUGUGGUGUGUGAUAUAUUCAAAAAAAGGGACACGCGUUGUACAGCCAGAGAAGGAACGAUCGAAACCGUUAUCCGAGCACGUGGUCGCGAUACCACGAGGUGCAAGAUACGAAAAGCUUCCGGUGGUUUCUGGAUGUACUGUCGAGAAGAACGGUAUUCGGUACGUGUCAACGAAAUGUUCGCGCGGACGUUCUGGUAUCUGGUAUCCUCGUAAGGGCGUCGACGUCUCUCGCGCACGUGGAAGGACCUGGGAAAGAGGGAGAGUGAUCACCUUGUGUAAGAAUAGUGUGUUGUUGUAAAACCAGUGCAACUAUUAUUUCCUCUGCAACUAUUAUUUUCACUCCAUCUAUUCUUCUACGGUGUGUCAUUUGACUUUCUUCCUUUCUUGUUUUUCCUUUUUUUUCCCUUGCUCCUUUUAUCUCUCUGUCUCGCUUGGAUUGCCUUAUGAGAAGAGCAAAGGAAAAGUGUCACGAAGUCAACGGAAGUGCAGGAACUAUUGUCACCCUCGGCUUCAAGGUCGUGGCAUGACGUAUAAGAUUACCCCAAACGGAGAGCAGGAGCAAGGCCGAGUGAUAGAGGCAGUGUGAUGAGCGGAUACUUCGGUAGCAUCACCCUGCCCCCGACGUUGCUGCACGAUCCGAAGUAUCCUCCAGCCAUGCGGGAGAAGGAUUCGAGUCCGAGAAAGAUGCCGGGCCAUAUAAGCCCAAAGCAAGCCAGCAUUUAUCCCCUGAGCGUCCGUGUACCGGACGUUGAGGAGCUGCCAUACGAUCUCAGUCACGGUCACGGUCGCGGUCUGUCAAGCCCGACGAAUCAGCAACAGCAACAGCCGCACAUGAGUCCCGCGGCCAGACCGCCCCAGCCUCAUCACCAGGAUGAGCUCGACUGCGAGCCGCUCGAUCUCCGUGUCGAUCAUAAGAAGGAGCGGCUCAGGGAUGAGAACCAGAAUGAGAUCGAAGUUUUGAAUCAGAACAGUCUGGGUGGCGGUUUACCUUAUCACACGGUGCUCUUCCCUCAACAUCACGCGAUGCAUCCGCUGGUACUGGAGGCGAUGUACAGGUCACAUCAUCACAGCUCGCCGGUGCCCGAUCUGCCAAAGAUCCAAGUUAGAGCGCUCCCCACAAUGGUACCUUUGCCGCCUAACAGAUUCUCCUCGACUUCAUCAUCCACAUCCUCUUCGUCUUCGUCGCAACCGACCGCGAGAGCCGUCAGUCCGGUCAUCGGUCAACAAUCCCAGCAUCAACAGAAUCAUCCCUCGCAACAGCAGCAACAGCAGCAACAGCAACAGCCGCAACAACAAAGCUCAAGUUUGCCACCUUAUUCGAUCAGCGUGCAAGCCGGUCUCAAGCCCAAGGACAGAUAUUCCUGCAAAUUCUGCGGCAAGGUCUUUCCUAGAUCGGCGAACCUGACGAGACACCUGAGAACGCACACCGGCGAGCAGCCGUACAAAUGCAAGUACUGCGAAAGAAGCUUCAGCAUCUCCAGUAACCUUCAGCGUCACGUCAGAAAUAUCCAUAACAAGGAGAAACCAUUCAAGUGUCCGCUCUGCGAGAGAUGCUUCGGCCAACAAACCAAUCUGGAUCGUCAUCUAAAGAAGCAUGACGCGGAUGGGCCGACGAUACUGGAUGAGGUCAGAUCGAGGUAUCACGGUCAAUUGCCACGGGCCGACGAUUCCUACUUCGAGGAGAUCCGCAGCUUUAUGGGAAAGAUCACCUCGCAAAGACAGGGUAUACCAUAUUUCCCUAGUCUGCUGGGUCACUCAACCGAUGACUUUAGAAAUGAUAAACAGCAGCUACAGCUGGAGGAAAAACGAGGCGACUCGUCGUAUUUCAGUGACCGGGACAAUCUCAGUUCAAGGUCGAGCAGUACGGCCAGCAGGCCGGAGAGCGUCCAGGAAGAACAAAGGGAAGUCAAUUCGCCGCCACUCUCUCCCGGCAACAACACCUGAAUCCUAGGGCGCGACCAUCAGCAUGGUAAUCCAGUUAAGAAAGAUUUUCGUCAGUUCGUCAGAGCAUAGUGGAAUCAACAAAAGAAAAUCGGAUAUUUUAGCAGUCGAAAUCGAUUAAGAAAAGCUUGAAAAAAAUUAAACUUCUAAAUAAUUCCACAACAAUAUCGCUGCGAGGAACUAUUUUAUUUACGGUGAUCCUAGAUUAGUUUGUAACUACAUUACGAGAGAAUCCAUUCUUCAUAAAAAUUCCUAUAAGUCGAAACG